UACGGUGCAUGAAUUUAUAUAAUUGUGAUCAUCGCUCAAAUGGCAUCUAGUAGAUAGCAAGAAACCAACUAUUUUUUUUCAAAGAGGUGGUAAACCAUUGAUAUUGGAAUAUACAUUAAGCCUGAACAAGUACUGAAAACUGGAAACACAAGUAUGUGACUUUAUUCAUCCACAACUGAAUAUGUCUUUGAGGAAUGAAGUGUUGAGUUUAUAUCGUAAACUUAUCAGACUGUCAUAUAAAUGGGAAUCUUCACUCGGUAAUCCUGGCAGUGAUGGUAAAGAAAGAAUUUAUAUAAGGGAUGAAGCAAGAAGACUUUUUAAACGAAAUAAAUCGAUAACAGAUGUAGAAGAAAUAAAGCAGCAUUUAAAAGAAGGUCAAACCAGAUUAGAAUUGGCAUUGCACUAUAAGACUCCCUAUCCAAGACCUGUACAUUUACCACAACAUGUUUUACAUUCACCGAAGGACAAGAGGUUAAAAGCCCAGAAGAGAAAACUGGAACAGUCUAAACCUAUUUAUAUAAAAUCUUACACAGAUGAAUCCUGACACAACUUGUGUCCGAGAACUUUAUUUGGAGAUAUUUAAUGUUGAAACAAAGCAGUUAGACUGCACAGAUUUGUACUGGUGGAUUAAUUAUAUUGGUAUUCCAAGAAUAGAUUAAUACCUUUAAAACAAUUGUUAAAUUUUGUUUAUUGAAUGUUGUUAAAGGGACUCAACUGAGUUUUUUAACAUGACAGGACUGGAAAUAAUUUUUAGAAAUUAAUGCUCCAUUUGAUGUAGGUCUAGGCUAAUAACUUGUUUACAAAAUUUAAGAGCGUUCGCUCACUCCGAUUUUCCAGAAACUAUUCAAAUUGUUCAACAUGACCCAAAUUUGAAGAGCACUAUUUCUGAGUAAAUUUCUUAAUAAUCUAUUGCAUAUCUUGCUGUUUUAAGUGCCCCAGCUGAUCUAUGUAAGAGUUUCAAAUUUUAUGUUUGUAGGUUUUUGGACCUCAGUAGAGUUCCUUUAAUACAAUAUUAAAUAGUAUGAUAACAAACAUUAUCCUUAUAUGAUGUUAAGUAUGACACUUCAAAAGUUUUGUUAAGUGAAUCAAUGUUGCAGGGUUGUUUUGUAUUUAGUUCUAUGUAAAAUUCAUUUUCCUUCAUUUGUAUCAGUCAAUUGAAUUUUUAAUAACUUAAAUAAACAUUGUAGAUAUGCUGAAUGAAAUUAGAAAAAAGAAAGAAUAUAGUUUUCAAGUUUAAUAAUAAAGGUUGCAUUUGUA